GACGUUGCAUCGACUCCACCGGGCACACAGUGAGACUCUCAGCACUCAGACACAGUCUCUUCUCUCUGGAUACAUUACAACAACAUAUCAAACCGCUCGGAUGUGCAAUAUGACUUUUGAAGAAACCGGUGGAGAUAAUUCUUCUGAAAGGAUGGAAUCGGUGGCUAAAGCAUUAGAGGAGGUGCUCAGCUCUGCAUUGCCUCAGGGUUGCACCACAGUUGGAGUCUACGAGGCAGCAAAGUCCCUUAACGCGGAUCCAGACAAUGUGGUGUUGUGUCUGCUGGCCACAGACGAUGAGGAGGAUGUGGCUCUCCAGAUUCAUUUCACCUUGAUCCAGGCAUUCUGCUGCGAGAAUGACAUCAACAUCCUGCGAGUGAGCAACAUGAGGCGUCUGGCAGAGAUACUCGGAGGGGUGAAACCUGGAGGGGAACCCAUGGACCUGCACUGUGUUCUAGUUACAAAUCCCCAGUCGUCACUGUGGAAGGACCCGGCGCUGAGCAAAGUGACCAGAUUCUGCAGAGAAAGCCGCUGCUUGGACCAGUGGGUGCCUGUUAUCAACCUGCCCGACCGAUGAAACUGCUUGGAAUAUUAAUGUAUUGUGUGCAUUGGGGGAAAGUAACUGCACCAGGCCUGUGUUAAUGUCUGUGUUGGACUCCUUUGGAAAGUGCCCCGAGAGAGAGAGAGAGAGAGAGAGAAGGAGAGAUGGGAGGGGCAGAAAUAAAGAAACACAAGGAAGCGAAGCGUUCCAACGAAUUUACCAGGUCAGCGUGAACUCGUGGGCCAAGGAAGAGUGACUCAGCAGUCUGGGUUCCAGGAUUUCCAAUGUAUGACUGCACCUUUCUCUGCUGAGAAAGAAGCCUUUACAGGAAACUGAACCAUGUGAGUGGACAAGCGCACGUGGUGGUGAGCACAGGCGCAGGACUGGGGGAGAGCAGACAGAGAGCCUCAGUUGACAAGACUCUCAAGAACUGGGCCAUGCUGGAGAGGACCAGUCAGAGCUCUCAGCCGGAAGAAUUCCUCAUGAAAAUUAGACCAAAUCCGAGCAUUUCUUUAACAGCACAUUUAUUUAAUAGUAUUUAAAACAUGUCACUUUGAUAAUUCAAAAAGGGAAAGUUUUCACAGUUUAUUAUUAUUAUCAUUAUUUUAACUUAAGGGCAAUGCAAUGUUAGACCUGUUCACUAACUGAUGUUUAUAUGUGUUAUUAAUUUAAUGGAUUAUAUUUAUUGUGCAUAGUUCAUGGAAUUUUGGCUUGUUAAGUUGAAUGAAAUAAACAAACAACAGUUUAAAA